CCGUGCUUAACCUCUCUCCUGCUUCUUCGCUUCGUACCUAUUUUAAAAACUACGGACGCAAUAUCUUCCCACUCGCAAGUCUAGGAAGGAACAGAGAAGAUGGUUGGAGGUAAACGCCGCGUGCUCGAGACGACGGGAUCGUUCUACGCGAAGGACUCGCGCAAGCAAUCCAAUGGAUACAACCGCGCCGAUUUGGAGGCUGCGUAUGGCUCAAUUAACCCGAUGAAGCCACGCCAAAGGUUCCGCGAUGCUAUCCAGAACACCAUCCAGGACAACCGGACGGCGGAGAUGAAGAAGAAACUCAUCGACAACGUGGAUCACGAGGCUCUGGAGAAGUACAGGAAGAGCGAAGAAAGCCUAAAGACCAUCGAGAACAAGAAGAUCCGGUCUUUCUACGAGGAGCAGAACAACCGUCUUGAUGACUGGCUCGAGGUAGAUAUGAUUGUUACGUCGCUUGCGGAUGAUAUCCUCGAUAGUAUGCAUCCCAGGGAUACCGACGGUGAUGGUGUAGUUGAGGAACGGGGACCACUGGGGAACAGUGGUGAAGCACUGGAGCCAUUCCUGCCUGACGACGAACGUGAGAGGCGAGCCAAAUCGGCGAAGCAUGUGAGAUGGGCAAUCAAUAUCAACGUUCUCGUCAACAUACUUCUGCUCGCCGCCAAGGGAGUCGCAGCCAUCUGGUCCAGUUCGCUCUCCCUGAUUGCCUCCUUAGUCGACUCCGCCCUCGAUCUCCUCUGCACCGUUAUCAUCUGGACUACCAACCGGCUCGUAGGCUGGCGCCUGGAUAAGCUCAAGAAGAAGUUCCCCGUUGGCCGCAGACGUCUCGAACCUCUUGGCAUCCUCGUGUUCUCCAUCAUCAUGGUCAUCAGUUUCCUGCAGAUUCUCCAGGAGUCUGUCAAGAAGCUGCUUCCCAGCGGGAAUCACGACGUCGCGACACUACCGCCCGCUGCCAUCUUUGCCAUGGUCGCUACCAUCGUGGUGAAAGGCACGAUUUGGUUCGGCUGUGCACGCGUCAAGACCACGCAGGUCCAGGCGUUGGCGCAGGACUGCAAGACCGACGUCUACUUCAACACACUGUCCCUUCUGUUUCCGCUGAUUGGCCACAAAGUUGGUGUAUGGUGGCUCGAUCCCGUCGGUGCCUCUGUUCUCUCGCUGUUCAUCAUCUAUGAUUGGGCAGGCACGUGUCUCGAGAAUGUCGCCCGCUUGACUGGUGAAGCUGCAAACGAUCGCACUGAGCGCAAGCUCAUGUUCAUGGCGUACCGCUUCGAGCCGCUCGUCGAAGGCUUCAAGAGUAUCAAGGCGUAUCAUGCUGGAGAUGGUGUGUGCGUAGAGAUUGACAUCCUGAUGCCCGAGGAUGCGCCAUUGAGACUGUGUCAUGAUGUCGCGGAGACGUUGCAAUAUUGCUUGGAAGGGCUGAGCGAAGUUGAUCGGGCUUUUGUUACGGUUGAUUAUAUGUCUCAAGGUCCUACCGGACACGGACAGCUAGACGGUGCGUAGGGGCGUGUUGAGCGGAAAGAUUUUAAGUUAUGUGCCACACUGCAUAGCGGGGUUUCCCAAGUGUUAGCGGUUCAGCGAUUUUGAAAUAGUGUUGUCUUGACUUCUUCAUGUUGUAACAUACUACUUGCAUAUCUACAUAUAUAUUACAUCUUUACGGGACACGGCUCGGCACAAGUCCCGAGCCGCUCAUGUGCUUAUCGGGCGCUGUUUGACUGCCGAGCUCUAGAUUGUUGAUCAAAUGCAUGC